UCCGAUCACCUCCCAUACUCCCCUCCCCCCCAGCAGCAGCAGCUCGGUGUUUUCCUCGGAGAGAGGAAGAUGGGCUGCUGCUCUGCACGAUGCAUGCUGAUCCUGCUCUGCUGUCUGCAGCUGGUCUCGGCUGUGGAGCGGCAGCUGUUUGACCUCCUGGGCUUCCAGUGGGCUCCCAUCCUCAUCAACUUCCUGCAGAUCCUGGCCGUGACCCUGGGUCUGUUCGGAGCCGCGCAGUACCGCCAGCGCUUCGUCGUCAUGUACCUGCUGUGGCUGCUGCUGUGGGGGGGCUGGAAUGUGUUUGUCAGCUGUUUGUACCUGCAGGUGGGCGGGCUGUCCGAGGACAGUGACCUCCUCUCUCUGGGAGUUUCCUCUCAUCGCUCCUGGUGGAAGGACCACGGACCGGGCUGCGAGGCGGGGGAUCCGCCCUCCGCCGGGUGGCAGAAAACCCCAAAUUUCCAUCAGAACCAGCAGGAGCAGAAGGACCAGCAGGACCCGGAGCUGAGCACCGUGCUGAGCUGCUGGCUGCAGCACCAGAACAUCGAGGUGCUGCACUGCGUCCUGCAGCUCGUCCUCACUCUCCCAGGGUUUGUUUACGGGUGCUACGUCGCCAGCAAGCUCUCCGACGACGAGGACAACCUACAAUUUAUUGGUGAUUUUCCUCAUCCAUCCAAACCCUCUCAGCUGUUCUUCUAGGGUGAUCCUGUGCAGAUUAUAAAUAACCUCAGGAGUAAACGGGUUGAGGAAAGCUGAGGAAGAACCUUGGAGGCGACGGUGAAGACUUCCAUCGAGGAAUUUCUUCAGUCUGAGCGUCAAGAAGAGGAUUUUUCAGGCUUCAAAUGCUGUGUGUGUGUGUGUGUGUGUGUGUGUGUGUGUGUGUGUGUGUGUGUGUGUGUGUGUGUGUGUGUGUGUGUGUGUGUGUGUGUGUGUGUGUGUGUGUGUGUGUGUGUGUGUGUGUGUGUGUGUGUGUGUGUGUGUGUGUGUGUGUGUGUGUGUGUGUGUGUGUGUGUGUGUGUGUGUGUGAUUUAAAAGGAAUGUAAAUAAGUUGCAGUUUCUUUCUGAUGGUGUUUUUUUAAAGGUGUGUAAAUUAUUGAUAAUGUGUCAUUUUAGUCAGAAAGUGUGACCUCUUCAACCUGUGUUCAGGUUCAGUGAAAUAAACCACACACACCAAACCGUUAUUAAGGUACAGAUGUCUCUAUCAUUCAACAUUUAUAAGACCGAGAACAGCUUUGUUGUUUCUCCUCUCUGAUUCAUUGUUGUUUUGUUAUAAAAAGUAGAUCUAGAAUAAAAAGAUCAUAGUGCAGAGAAAUGAGAUUAUGGUCUUCCAUCCAACAAUGUUAAGACAAACAUUCUACAUAUUUACUUCUCAGUC